UUCCCGCUUAACCUGAUCAAUCGGUUUUACUUGAACGUGUGCGAAAAUAGAAAUCUCGCUCGGCUAGGACUGGUCACGCUCGUUUUAUCCCUUUUCCGACCGUGUGCAAAGUGAAAGGUUUUCACGGCGAUUAGGGUUGAUUCCGUUGCGUCGCUCGCUGCGGAAAUGGCUUCGGUGUCACGUUGGCACGUUUUGUUAUUUCUGUAGGUGUUGGAUAUCGGUGUAUCAAUUACAUUGAGUUUAUUCUGCUCGUUUAGCGUGAGGCUAAUCCACGCUCGCCGUGCAACGACUCGCGCUGCACAAGUUUUUCCAAUGUUAUGUUUUUAUGUGAUCCUGUGUGAUCGGUGAUUCGAGAAGUUAUUGAUAUAAGCUGAGUGACAUUGUAGCAGACAUAACGCAUAAUUUUAUCAGUGUCCGCAGCUGUCACCACCCACAAAACGAUGUAUUUAUCGUGAUAUACAUGAUUUACAUUUGGGACCAAUUAAGUAAAAACAUCACGGCACAUGCACGAGUUGAGUGUGUAAAAUGCAUGAAGCUCGUGUGUAAUAAUAAUUUUUCGCGAUAAAAUUUUAGCUCAAUCGCAAAUGGGGAAGAAAAGAGUUUCACUCCCGUGUUACAAACAAUCCAAUUUUUCGUACUUUGUACCGAGAAUAUUCACCCUAAUAGAAAUCCAUCGAUAGUACAUCCCUCGUCAUAAGGAAAAAAAAGAGUCGCUUCCGCGUUAGUACUCUAUCGAUCACAGGCGCUUUUUCUGAAAAGCGUUGGAGGUACGGGACACAAAGAGACGGUCGUGCAAGUGCGAGGAUAUGCGAUUACAGUUAAUCACUUUAGUCGCGAGCGAGCGAGCUGGUUUGUCGAACGCGAGAGAAAUUAGGAAGAUGCUCUAAGCGAACUCUGAACAUUAGUGUCGCUCCGCGGAAGAAUCGUUGCAACUGUCGGCGUAAGAUAUGUUGGUGGAGAGUGCGUUGGCUCUGUUUGCGCUCGUUAAUCAGUUCAAUUGAAUAACGUAUUAAUACUCCGGGGUCAUCGCGAGAGUUAAUCGCAAUGUCCACGCCGGACACGAUGGAUACCAUCGACGAAGCGGAACAAGCGUGGCAUGAGAUGCUGGAGUGUGAGACUGGAUCCCUUUUAGGCAGAGUGGCGGACCUCGAAAGGCAAUCUUUGGCACAGAGGGACGAGAUAGUUUGUCUUCGCGCCACUUUGGCGGACGCGCUAAGGCGAAUCGCCCAGCUUGAGGCAAGAGAAAAGCGGGAGGAUGACAGGAAUGAAAGGAGAAACGAGAGGAUGGUGUCCUCGCCCUUAAGGAACGGUCAUGUACCUCUCAGAAGUAGUCAAAAUUCGGUGCCACAGAAGGACUUGAGGCUACGCCAGACCGGUGGCCUCAGAAAUUCCUCCUCUUCGGGAUCGUCGCAGGAUGUCCGCGACGCGACGUCCAGUCCGAGACGGCCUGCCAGCUACGUGCAUCCCUCUCAACUUCCUCAAAGGAGAUCCGUCCACUAUCAAUCAACGGGCUCUUUACAUUCCGAUAGUCCGAGUAGUAGUAGUGUUUCUCCGGUGCCAUCGCCCAGCCCUAGAGCUACGCCACUGCCUGUAGCCAGAUCACCCACGGCAAGAUCAAACGGACCGCCGCAAAGUAGCCUAAGAAGAGCGAAGAGAUGGUCGUCCACCGGCGAUUUUACACAUACCCCGCAAAACCAGGGAAGCAAUUCCCAGCUCGUCGGUACCAGAUUGUCUGCGUCCACCAAGUCCCUGUUCAACCUGUUCAAGCCACCGGCGAUGAACAACGUCAAGCACGGCACUAGAGACAUGCAGUACAACGAGGAGGAAGGUACCGUCCGCAUGUAUCUGCGCGGUCGACCGGUCGUUCUUUACGUCCCUACAUCCAUGAUGGAAUCCUACGACCUUCACAAAGUUAGCACGCCGCCGCAGAGCAAAUUAAAGCUCGACUGGGUCUACGGUUACCGCGGCCGCGAUUGCCGUAGCAAUUUACACCUGCUGCCAACCGGCGAGAUCGUAUAUUUCGUCGCGGCAGUCGUUGUUCUCUACAAUAUGGAGGAACAUAGUCAGAGACAUUACCUAGGUCAUACAGACGAUGUUAAGUGCAUAGCGAUUCAUCCUAACAAAUUGGUUGUCGCGACAGGACAGGUGUGCGGAACGGAUCGUCGGGAUGCUAUGCCACACAUAAGAAUAUGGAACUCCGUUAGCCUGACGACUCUCAGCGUGAUCGGCAAUGGCGAAUUCGACGGAUCGAUUUGCUGUCUGUCAUUCUCCAAGGCCGACGGCGGGAAUUAUUUGUGCGCCAUCGACGAGACCUCCGAUCACAAUAUAUCGAUCUGGGACUGGCAGAAGAGCGAUCGUGGCACCAAAGUGACCGAAACGAAGUGCUCUGUCGACACGGUGGUUUGCGCCGAGUGGCAUCCGCUGGAACGUAACCAGAUCGUCUCUUGCGGAAAGGGACACGUGUCCUUUUGGUCCCUGGACAACGGCGGCAUGCUGUACAAACGUAUGGGCAUCUUCGAGAGCAGGGACAAGCCCAGAUACGUUACCUGUGUCGCCUUCAAUCAAAACGGUGACAUUCUCACCGGCGACAGCAAUGGCAACAUCAUUGUUUGGGCUCGAGGUACUAACACAAUUUCAAGGCUAGUGAGAAAUCUCCACGAAGGAUCGAUUUUCUCCAUAUGUGUUCUGAAAAAUGGUAACAUUAUCACGGGAGGCGGCAAGGACGGCAAGAUUUUGUAUUUUGACGCCUCUUUAAAUCUGACGGGAGAAGAAGCCCAGAUCGAGGAUCAUUUCGGCGGAAUUCGAACGCUCUCGGAAGGAAGGGGCACUCAGUUAUUAAUUGGCACGACGAGAAACUGCAUUCUCGUCGGCGAGAACGAUAUGGGUUUCAAUCCUGCAAUGCUGGGACACGCCGAAGAAGUUUGGGGACUUGCGGCUCAUCCGACCUUACCUCAGUUCGCUACUGCGGGACACGACAGAUUGUUGCAGAUGUGGGACAGUUUAAGUCAUACCGUGGUGUGGAGCAAAGACAUCGGGGAGCAAGCACAAAGUAUCACUUUUUCACCGGACGGUAAUAUCAUAGUCGUUGGCUGUGUGUCCGGGAAAUGGUUGGCAAUUGAUAGCGAAACGCGAGAAUUGUAUACACAUCAUAGCGAUGGUUCCGAGCCUAUGCAGGUCGUUCAAUUUUCGCCCGAUGGUUCCUUGCUUGCUCUCGGCUCUAGAGAUAAUUACAUUUACAUCUACCAAGUGAACGAGGACGCGACCAAGUAUAGUCGAGUUGGACGAUGUAUGCCAAAGCGGAUUCGAAGGCACGGAGGACAUUCCAGUUUUAUAACUCAUUUGGAUUGGUCCGUGGACGGUCAGUAUUUGCGCAGCAACAGCGGAGACUACGAGUUGCUUUAUUGGAAUCCUGGUGUGUGUCGUCAAAUUCCACAGUCUUCGAUGUUGAGGAAUGUUGAUUGGGCAACUCAUACCUGCGUGAUAUCGUUCGAGACAAUAGGCAUUUGGCCAGAGGGUGCCGAUGGAACUGACGUGAAUAAUUGCACACGAAGUGGUGAUGGCAAGCUUUUAGCUACCGGCGAUGAUUUCGGAAAAGUCAAAUUGUUCUCUCAUCCGGCAUGCCAGCCGAAGUCACUAUACCAUUCCUACGGUGGCCACUCGAGUCACGUAACGAACGUCUCGUUUUUGCAAGACGACUCCCGAUUGGUAUCGACCGGCGGCGCCGAUACAAGUGUUCUCCAGUGGAUAGUAAAUUAAGCGAGUCAUUUUCGAGCGAGUGAUUCUUAAAAGUGCACUUCAAGUUAAGAGGAGAAAUAGUGUCACCGUCGCGUCGCUUAAAAAACUAAAAAUAUCGCACGAUUUACUUAAUCACCACCGAGUAUCAAUGGCUUCUAUUCUUGAAAUAAUCGACGACGGAGUCAUCCUAACCCUCGAUUUUCGGACAUCAAGACAUCAUUCGCCGCACGAUGUAUUUACUUACGAACGAACAUCGUAAACAUUGUUCUUAAGAGGAUUCCACUUGUUUAAGAGUGGGGAGAUCAAACUGAUGCCUCGAUUUCUCAACAAUACGUUUGUCAUCGGGCGCAAGAUAUUCAUAAACUCGAAUAUAUACUCGUACGUAAAGCAACUGAAUGCACCGUGUGUGCGAACGUGUUUCCUUCUUGUAUCAGUAUAUGUGAUAGCACCGAUAUAAUCUUUUAUUACUAUUGUGUUCAACAUGCACAAUAUUAAUGGAGAAGCGCCUGUGUGGACGAGCGAUUGACAUGAUUACUCCGAGAGCGAAUAUAUUUCGGCAGUGUAUUUCUUGUUAACUACAACGAUUUAUUAAUUACUAUUAACAUCAUUAAUCAAAAAAAUAAAUAUUCUAUAUGGCGCCUUGCCAUACAUCUUUUUGUUUCUUUUUUUUUUUUAAAUGUUCCGCUAUUUUUGUGUUUCUUUUCUAGAUAACGAUUAAUGAUAAUCGCAAAAAUCGUCAAUUGAAUUGAAAAGAAUUCAAUUUUAGUUGAUUUUCUGUACACAAAAAGAACUCCACGAGUUGUCUUUAUAUAUUCCCAAAUAAUACGUAAAUGGAUGUACUUUUUUUUAUUUCUGUGCAAAAUAAUGUGUGCACGCGCGUACGUAUAGUAUGUCGUGCAUUAAUUAACGAGUAUAGACUUUGUCAAAAUAUAGAAACUGUUAUAAUCAAACAAAUGCACAGAACAAAGUAAUCACCUCUCUGAUAUUAUACAUAAAUAUUAUAUUGUUAAAUUAAUACCUUACGCGAGGUGAUUGAAUUUUGUUCAAGCAAAAUCAAAUAUUUGAUAUCUGUCUCAAGAGUUUCUAUUUUAUUUCAUUCAUCAAGCAAGCGCAUGCGAUGCGGAUAUAUAUACCUAUAUUUUAUAUAUAUUAUGCUAUACUAUUCCGAGAUUAAAUUUGAAAGGUUUGAUAAAACGAUAUCGAUAUUUGAUAUCGAUUCGUAAAUAAACAAUGUGCUUGCACGCACGCGUAGGUAUAUACGAAGUAUUCUCGAAGUCAUGCUAACUGUCCUAAAUAUGUUUCGAUAAAACGCAAUAUUGUGCGAGAGACUUGAGGACGGAUCUCGAGCGGAAAAGCUUCGCGCGUUUCUGCGAACGAAGGGAACGUACGAAAACUUAUUCCGUCGUGAACGAAGGAACCAAGGCUUCUCGCGGCCAGAAGCACGAAAGUGAAGAAGGCCAGAAGGAAAAGUCCCUAAGAAUGUUAGCGAAGGACUCGACACGCGGGCCCGAUCGCGCGCAAAAAAA